AUGUCUAAGCUCUUUGGAUUUGCUGGUGAAAAUGACUUUUGCCCUGGGGGGCCAAUAUACACCAACCCCAAGGAGCAGAGCCUCUUUUUGUCUCUUGCUCGUCCUGUGGAUGUAUACUUUCCUUCACGCAAGAGGUCUCGCAUCAGUGCUCCAUUUGUCUUCACUGAAGAGAAAUUUGAGCAGAAAAAGCAAGCUUCUAUUGAAGUUUUGCCAGAUGAAUGCCUCUUUGAAAUAUUCAGGCGUUUGCCUGGAGGCGAUGAGAGAAGCGCCUGUGCUUGUGUUUCCAAGCGUUGGCUUAGUCUUCUAAGCAAUAUCUGCAAGGAUGAACUUUGCAGCCAGAACAAAUCAGGUGAAAAGAACACUGAAGUGAAAAGUGAGGUUGAAGAUGAGGAAAUUGAGGGUGAUGGAUACCUGUCCAGGAGCUUGGAGGGAGAAAAGGCCACAGAUAUUAGACUUGCAGCCAUUGCUGUUGGGACUGCUAGUCGUGGAGGAUUGGGUAAGCUUUUUAUACGUGGAAGCAAUUCUAGUCGAGGAGUGACAAAGGUAGGCCUGAGAGCAAUUGCUCGUGGAUGCCCUUCUCUGAAGGUUCUUUCCUUGUGGAAUCUGCCUUCUGUUGGAGAUGAAGGUCUAUUAGAGAUUGCAAAUGGCUGUCACUUGCUAGAGAAGCUAGAUCUUUCCCAAUGCCAUGCAAUUACCAACAAGGGUUUGCUUGCAAUUGCAAAGAGCUGCCCAAAUCUGACUGAUCUAGUGAUAGAAUCUUGCUCAAACAUUGGUAAUAUAGGUCUGCAAGCUGUUGGCCAAUAUUGCACCAAUCUAAAGUCCAUUUCAAUAAAAAACUGCCCUGCGAUUGGGGAUCAAGGAAUUUCAUCCCUGGUAUCUUCUGCCUCAAAUGUUUUGACUAAGGUGAAGCUCGAAGCUUUGAACGUUACUGAUGUGUCCCUGGCUGUUGUUGGACACUAUGGCAAGGCAGUUACUGAUCUUGUUCUGACAAGCCUCCCAAAUGUCAGUGAGAGGGGCUUCUGGGUCAUGGGUAAUGGCCAAGGGUUGCAGAAAUUGAAGUCCUUGACAGUUAAAUCCUGUGUGGGAGUGACAGAUACUGGACUUGAAGCUGUGGGAAAGGGUUGCCCAAAUUUGAGACAAUUUUGCCUCCACAAAUGUUCCUUCUUGUCUGACAGUGGACUGAUCUCAUUUGCAAAAGCUGCAGUGUCACUGGAGAGCCUGCAAUUAGAAGAGUGCCACAGGAUCACCCAAUUUGGGAUUUUUGGUUCCCUUUUAAACUGUAGUGCAAAUGUGAAGGCUGUUUCUCUGGUGAACUGCUUUGGAAUUAAGGACCUAAAGCUAGAUUUGCCUGAGCUGUUGUCUCCUUGCAAUUCCCUACGAUCAUUGUCCAUCCGCAACUGCCCUGGUUUUGGUGACGGUAGCCUUGCUUUGUUGGGUAAGUUGUGCCCACAACUGCAGAAUGUGGAAUUGAGUGGGCUUCAGGGUGUAACUGAUGCUGGAUUCCUCCCAGUGCUUGAGAACUGUGAGGCUGGCUUGGUGAAGGUCAACCUUAGUGGUUGUGUCAAUUUGUCUGACAAAGUGGUGUCAGUGAUGACUGAGCAGCAUGGUUGGACUCUUGAGAUGUUGAAUCUUGAUGGAUGUAGGAGGAUAAGUGAUGCAAGUUUGGUGGCAAUAGCAGAGAAUUGCUUCUUGCUAUCUGACCUUGAUGUCUCAAAGUGUGCUCUCACUGAUUCUGGGAUCACAGCCAUGGCUCGCUCAAACCAGCUCAAUCUUCAGGUCCUUUCUGUGUCAGGUUGCUCUAUGAUAUCAGACAAGAGCUUACCUGCCCUCGUAAAAUUGGGUCAGACCCUCUUGGGGCUGAAUCUCCAGCACUGCAAUGCUAUUAGCUGCAGCGCUGUUGAUAUGCUUGUGGAGAGGUUAUGGAGGUGUGAUAUUCUUUCCUGA